AUGGAUCUCAAUCCCACUCCCUUUCCAGUUAAAUCAAAAUAUAUGAAGCCUAAACCAACCAGGAAAAUCCCACAAGCCUCCAAAAUCAAUAAGGUUGAGCCUCUCGUUCAAAGUGAAAAACGAGUAUUUGGAACGGCCCGAAACCCCAACAUACCACAAAAAACAGCACCCACCAGAGGAAAACCCGCUACCCACCUGCAGAAAAAGACCUGCAGAAAAAGUGCGGAGAUAUGCAGCAAAUGCAGGUUUGACCGGCUCGAGACCUCACCGUAUUGGCUCUCCCAGAUCAGAUUGGCAGAAACUGUGGGGAAACACUCAGUUUCUGCUGUUUUCUUCCGGCUGGCAUUUGAUUGCCAUGCAGAGCCCUUCCGUAAUAUCCGACUCGAGCUCAAGAAGUACAUGGCAAGACACAAGCACUUGAAUGGGGAAGUAAAGUGGAAGAAGCUGUUGGUUAGCUAUGGACUCGUGAAAGAAGAAAGUAGUACAGGCGGUCAAGAAGUUAAGGCCGGCUUGGAAGAAAAGAAUGAACAAGUGAUCAUGGAAAUGAUGAAGUAA